AUGAUGAGGCUGCGAGGCUCGGCGAUGCUGCGGGAGCUGCUCCUGAGGCCGCCCGCCGCGGUCGGCGCGGCCCUGCGGCGCUCGCAGCCCCUCGGCACGCUGUGUCGGCGCCCCGCGGGCCCGGUGAUCGCCGCGCGGCUCCACCCGUGGUGGGGCGGGGGUGGCCGGGCCACGGGCCCCGGUGCGGGCGGCCUGUCUAGCUCGCCCUCGGAGAUCCUACAGGAGCUGGGAAAGGGAGGCACGCCGCCGCAGCAGCAGCAGCAGCAGCAGCCCGGGGCGUCGCCGUCCGCAACCCCGCCGGCGCCCGGCCCCAAGGACAGUCCCGGGGAGACGGACGCGUUCGGCAACAGCGAGGGCAAAGAGCUGGUGGCCGCGGGCGACAAUAAAAUAAAACAGGGUCUGUUGCCUAGCUUGGAAGAUUUGCUGUUCUAUACAAUUGCAGAAGGACAAGAAAAGAUACCUGUUCAUAAAUUUAUUACAGCACUCAAAUCUACAGGAUUGCGAACAUCUGAUCCCAGGUUGAAAGAGUGUAUGGAUAUGUUAAGAUUAACUCUUCAGACAACGUCAGAUGGUGUCAUGCUAGACAAAGAUCUUUUUAAAAAAUGCGUUCAAAGCAACAUUGUUCUGUUGACACAAGCAUUUAGAAGAAAGUUUGUCAUUCCUGACUUUAUGUCUUUUACCUCACACAUCGAUGAGUUAUAUGAAAGUGCUAAAAAGCAGUCUGGAGGAAAGGUUGCAGAUUAUAUUCCUCAACUGGCAAAGUUCAGUCCUGAUUUGUGGGGUGUAUCUGUUUGUACAGUAGAUGGGCAAAGGCAUUCUAUUGGAGAUACCAAAGUUCCCUUUUGUCUUCAAUCCUGUGUAAAACCUUUGAAAUAUGCCAUUGCUGUUAAUGAUCUUGGAACUGAGUAUGUGCAUCGCUAUGUUGGGAAAGAGCCAAGUGGAUUAAGAUUCAACAAACUGUUUUUGAAUGAAGAUGAUAAACCACAUAAUCCUAUGGUAAAUGCUGGAGCUAUUGUUGUAACGUCAUUAAUAAAGCAAGGAGUAAAUAAUGCUGAGAAGUUUGACUAUGUGAUGCAGUUUUUGAAUAAGAUGGCUGGUAAUGAAUAUGUUGGAUUCAGUAAUGCAACGUUUCAGUCUGAACGAGAAAGUGGUGAUCGAAAUUUUGCGAUAGGAUAUUACUUAAAAGAAAAGAAGUGUUUUCCAGAAGGCACAGACAUGGUUGGAAUACUAGAUUUUUAUUUCCAGCUAUGCUCCAUUGAAGUAACAUGUGAAUCAGCCAGUGUGAUGGCUGCAACACUGGCUAAUGGUGGAUUCUGCCCAAUAACUGGUGAAAGAGUCCUCAGUCCUGAGGCAGUUCGAAAUACACUGAGUUUGAUGCAUUCUUGUGGCAUGUAUGAUUUCUCAGGGCAGUUUGCUUUCCAUGUUGGUCUUCCUGCAAAAUCUGGAGUUGCUGGGGGCAUUCUGUUAGUUGUCCCCAAUGUCAUGGGCAUGAUGUGCUGGUCUCCUCCUCUUGACAAAAUGGGCAACAGUGUUAAGGGAAUUCACUUCUGUCAUGAUCUUGUUUCUCUGUGUAAUUUCCAUAACUAUGAUAAUUUGAGACACUUUGCAAAAAAACUUGAUCCUCGAAGAGAAGGUGGUGAUCAAAGGCAUUCCUUUGGACCAUUGGACUAUGAAAGUCUCCAGCAAGAACUUGCUUUAAAAGAGACAGUAUGGAAAAAAGUGUCACCUGAGUCAAAUGAGGACAUCUCUACAACUGUAGUGUAUAGAAUGGAAAGUCUGGGAGAGAAAAACUAAAGAGAUGGGUUCUAGUUCAGAAUGCUUCUUCAUUUAACCUUUGAAACAUCUUUUCGUUUUGAUUUUGUAUUUUUUUUUUCAAGCUAUAAGUAUUUAUUUGACUCUUGUUCUCAAUUUUGAGUACUGGGAGCCAUAAAACUUAAAAAAAUUUGCUUGUGAUCUUUGUAUAAAAAAAUAAAUUUAGGAAUUUGUUAAUUUUUAAAAGAGCAUUUAAAAAUAAAGCAAGUUUGCUUUAUUUUUUAAUUACAUGCAUUUUAAUUUCUUGAAUUACAUUAAAAUUUUAACUAUAGUCAGAUACAUUGUCAUUUUGUAGUUCUAAAACCUACAAAUUCAAAGCUUUUGCAUUUUUGUUUUUCUUUUCCAUUUUUAUUACUGAUAUGAUAAUUAGUAAUGUCAAUAGAAAGUACUUCCAUGCUAAAUACAAAACUGAAAGGCAAAGUAAUCCCAAAUUAUUUUAUUUAAAAGUGCAGUAGAUUAGCUUUGGUUUACACACACAUGCCAUUUGUUAGUGGUAGAUUGGCUUUACAUUUUUAAAAUGUAGUUAAAAUUUACCAACUACUUUAAAAUAUGUGUCGAUUUCUUUCUUUUGCAACUCCUGUGUUCUGUUAGAGUUACCAUGUAUAGAAGGGGUAUUUUAUGUUACUAAAACAGUUCAGCCAAAGAAUUGCAGAUAUGGGAGAAUGAAGUGUUUUGUUGUUAAAAAGUUAUGAUGGUUAGUUACUCAGAAGGAGAGACAGUGUCUUCAAAACGGAUUUUAUUUUCAUAUUAUUCAUGUAAUUUUUUUUGUUAUAUUUAAGUAUGAAUGGUAAAUUUGGGUUUUAGCCUGUAGUAAUUUUGUAAGUUUCAUAAGUGCUGAUGAAUAUUUCUUCUGUGAUUAAGUUAUGGCAUCUCAUAAAUUUUGUUCUAUAGAGUGCUUAGGAAAUGAAUGUAGUCUGAAGGUAUUAAAGUAUGCAGCUAAAAUAUCUGUUAAAUAUGAAUACUUCUGUUUGGUUAUAAAAAUGCAAUAUUGAGAAUCAAAACUUGUUUUCAAAAGAAUAUAUAAUCAGAUUUCAAAUAAUUAUGCACAGUAUUUUUUUCAUCUUUCUUGGCAAAGUGAUUGUAAAGUCCUGUAGGCUUUAUUCACAUUUCUUGCUUCAUCCAUAUACCUUUCUUGUUUUCCUCACAAUUUCAAGUUUGUUUUUAUAAAUUCAUUUUUUAAAUUGUAAAUUUUUAGCAGGUAUUUGAAGGUGAAAGCCUUCUUAGAAUAAUUGCAUAUGUGAUGUAGGGCAGAUUCUGCAAAAGUCAUAUAGUCUAACAAAGAUUUCACUGAGUAAUUUAGAUACUGGUACUGGUAUAGAUACAGAAAAUCUUGAAGACAUGUUUUGAGACUGGGAUCUGUUAUAAUUAGGAAGAGUUCUCAGAAAUGCUAGCUAGAAGCCUUUGGGGCUGAUUUAAUUACUAAUUCAAUAUUUAAAUCAUUACAUAGUUAGGUUUUAGAAAGACCUUUUCUGUCCCUUCAGUGUUAAGAUGCUUUUCCUAACUGGAUGCUUCUCAGAGCCUUGCCACUACCAUACCUAUGGACAUUGUCACAUUUGUGUUAGUUCCUCCCAAGGCCAUUUUGUGAUUCAGGUAACUGAGUGCCUUUAUUGGAAAAAGAAAGAUUUUUUUUUUUUUUUGUUCUCCAUACUCUACAUUUCACUGUUUUGUUCAGAGGUUGGUUAUACUUAUAAAAUGAGAGUUAAUUUUCAUAAUGUGUGCAUAUUUGUAUAGAUUUCAAGAUUAGUUUAAUUUGUGGCACUUCCAAUAGUUUGGCAAGGCUUGAAUGCACAGCGCACACUUAAACACGAAGUAGAGUUCCAUAGACUGCUGUGUUUAGAGAAGGAGCAUCUAGAGAUGCACAGAGGAAGGUGUAAUGGAAGAACAGUAAGAUACUGUGAAUAUGCCUACAGACUCUUAUUAGCAAAGAAAGAAAAGCUUUGCCAGUUUUGAGAAUGUUUUGAUUCCUUCAGUUGAAAAGUACCCAGUAUUGGGUUUAAUUUUUCCUGCCAUUAUUGAUUCUUGAUAUUCAAGCAUUUACAUGAUAGCUUAUUUGUUUUUCUUUUUUCCUGGUUUUUUUUUUUUUUGCCAUCGUUAACAUUUCAUUUGAAAUGCAUAUUCUUCCUAAAAUACUUUGGUUUUUUAGCAUAAAUGUUGUGCAUUUUAUCUUAGUGCCUGGAUUGAACAUUUGUGUUGUUUAGCUUUCUUUCAUUUGCUUUGUAUAUUUAAUAAUGUACCUUUAUUUUGCAGUAUGCUUACUUUUGUAUUGUACAAUAAAUUUAUUUUAAGCUGA